AUGGCUGUGUUCAUUGGAUUGCAGGUUGGAGCAUGCACAGUUGUUUCUGCAGUCCAGUACGGUAUGAACAGAGCUUGGGCCCGGAAUUGGGUUAAGGUGAAUGCGCAAAGUCUCAUCAUCAAAGACCACCUGGACCACGGAAUUCUUGACCUUCUUUGGUACAUCAUUUUCGAGAUAGCCAGAGUCACAGUCAUCAACAGUGACCCUCUCAACAGAUUCUAUGUACAAAACCUCUACACGUGGCCACUCACUCUCGUUGAACCGAAUCGCACUCGGCUCAUUCAGAUAACCUUCGCCCUACAGUGCGUCCUUGUUAUUCGCGGCGUUAUAGCCCGACUCCUCUACUGGAUAGUAAAGUUUGCAUUACUCACCAGAUUACAAGAAGACUUAUUAGAAUAUCUAGCUAGCUACCAUGCCUUACUCACAUUCACUCUUGUCGACAAUAUCACGCAGUGUGCAAGUACACUGGAGUUUGUACAACAUGUCUACGAGAUGCGAAAGUGUCUGGAAGAUGGCAACGCCGGACUCCGGUCAUUUAUGUGUAUCCUGUGGCUGCGCGAUUCGCUGGUUAACUUUUUGGACAACCAGGGACACAUGGUGCCCAUCUCGGAUCGAAAUCACUGUAAAAGCUUUGCUGUCCAAAGAUUCGCUGAAAUCUGCGAUUACCUCCAUGCCAAUAGAUCUGAUAUGUCGCCCAAACAAACAGUUGAUGAAGAGACCGGCUUAGAUCUGGGAGACGACCAUUUGACUGCGUUGGUAUUGAAAGAAAUGAAGACACUUGAAAGUGACAAUAAUGUUCGAAUUCAUGAGAAUUUGUUGGACCUGUAUUUCCAUCCCGACAUUGUGCCUAUUCUCAAGUCUAGAAUGGCUGAUCGUGAUGGUUUCAUCUCUACAGGUAACUUCUUACAGAGUGCUGCGGGUAUCUGCGAACUACGCCGGUCAGUAAUGGCGAGUUACUACGCUCAAAAAAGAGCACUUCCUGUCAUCGAACUUCUUAUUAGCCACUUGAGUUUCAUCCUCUCAGCCAUUGCCAUCCUGGGCUACUUGGAUGUUAACAUGAGUACCUUGAUUGUUUCCGGCGCCGCCGUUUUUAGUGGCACAACUGUGGCCCUAAGUUUCGUUUAUACAGACUUCAUACAAUCCACCAUCCUUACUGUAUUUACCAAUCCGUAUGACAAUGGAGACAGGGUUAGAAUAAAUGACGUCCUACAUAUCGUUAAGAAAAUCAAUGUAUAUACAACUCAAUUUGAGACCUUGGAAGGCAAAAUCUUAUAUUUGCCUCAUGUGAACUUGCGCUCGAUGCAAAUUGUGAAUGAGUCGAGGUCGGUGAAUGCUUCGAUAUGCGUGCCUCUCAGAAUGAGCACCAAGACCACGGGUGUGCAGUUGGAGGCUUUGAAGGUCCUUUUACAGAACUAUCUAGAUUGCAACUCUACAAACUGGUAUCGGGACUCAUUGUUUAUGUUGAUCAGUGAUUUCAAGGUGCAGCAGUAUUUGGAAGUGACGAUUUGGGCUACGCUUGGUAGUGGCUGGGGCUCAUGGCGGUUUGUGCAUGAUAACAAGACACUUUGGUAUCAAUACAUCAGCCGUACUGCGGACCUGUUACAAUUAGAAUUCGCACUGCCUGAGCAACCCAUCAAGUUCCAUCCGACUUCUCAUCAAAUUCCUGAAGUGAGCACACUGGAUGAAUCUCCAGAGAACGACUACACUCCUAACCAACGGUGGUAG